CUCUUGGCACAUAGUAUAGAAGUAGAACCAAAGACGCAACUUUAUGAUUGAAUAAUUAUAUUAUAUAAGAACUGCAGCUCAACAUUCAUAAAGAAACCUCAUCUCCAAUUAGCCUUAUUUUCCACCAAAGGAAAAAAAAAAAAAAAAAAAUCAGAUAGAAAUUUCAUAUCCAAUUAGCCUUGUUUGAGAAAGAAAAAGCCAGUCUUGAUUUUUGGAGUAAGAACAGGUACUCAAAACUCACAGAAAGACCAUUUCCAUUCAGCCUUGUUUUCAACCAAAGAAAAAGAAAAGAAAAAAGUAAUUCUUGUUUCUUUGGAGUAGCACACACAAUGGCUGAAAUUGUGGUAAAUUUUGUAAUGGACAAGUUGACCACCUUAAUUCAAGAAGAGGUGCACCUGUUGAGGGGAGUGAAGGAAGAAGCUGUGUUGAUCAAAGACAAACUGGAGCACAUCAACGCCUUACUAAUAGCUGCAGAUGAAGUGGAAGACGUGCGGAUUAAGCAACUAAGAGAUGUGGCUUAUGAUAUUGAAGAUGCUCUUGAUGAAUUCAGGCUUCUCACGCAUCAUCCUGACCAUGAAUCCCAUGCUUUUCUUAUAAGAAAACUUUCCACAAUAAAGAAUAUUAUAGCUCGCCAUCAGAUGGCUGCAGAAAUACAACGCAUCAAUUCCAGAAUCCAAAGUAUCUCAGUUGGACACGAGAUAUUCCAGAGCAAAACUUUCGAUGCCAAGAUUUCUGCUAUGACAUGGGAUGACCAGCGACAGAAUGCCCUUCUGAUAGAAGAAGCUGAUCUAGUGGGCAUCGAAAAUCCCAAAAAACAGCUGGUCAGCUGGCUAAUCCAGGAUGAUACUGGACGAGAAGUGGUUUCAGUGGUUGGAAUGGGGGGGCUGGGCAAGACCACUUUGGUAAAGAAAGUCUAUGAUGAUGCACAAGUGAAGCUACAAUUCAAAUACCGUGCUUGGAUAACUGUUUCUCAAUCUUUUAAGAUGGAAGAGCUACUAAAACACAUGCUUCAGCAACUCUACCGGGUGAAGAGGAAACCAGUUCCUCAAGAACUGGACAGCAUGACCAACGAUCAGCUAAAAACAGAAAUCAACAGCUUUUUGCAGCAUAAGACUAAAAGGUACCUGAUUGUAUUAGAUGACUUGUGGGGUAUAGAAGAGUGGGAUGCAGUCAAAUAUGCAUUUCCAAACAGCAAUAGCAGCCGAGUAAUGCUAACAACACGCAAUUAUGACGUAGCCUCUGCCUCUUGCAAGGAGUUCCAUGGUAACGUCUAUUCUUUGAACCCUUUACCUCUUGAAGAGUCUCGGACUUUAUUUUGCAGGAAGACUUUUGGAGAAAACUCUUGCCCCCCUCAUUUCAAGAAUCCCACAGAAAGAAUCCUCCAAAGAUGUGAAGGAUUGCCACUUGCAAUUGUGGCAAUUAGUGGCGUUAUGGCAACCAAGGGCAGCGUAGAUGAAUGGGAUAUGAUUCUACGUAGUCUUGGUGAUGAACUUAAGGAAAAUGCUAGACUCAAUAGUGUGGAAAAGAUAUUAUCACUCAGUUAUAAAGAUUUACCUUACUAUCUCAAGUCUUGUUUUCUGUAUUUUAGCAUCUUUCCUAAAAAUCAUGUCAUUGACCAAAUGAGGCUGAUACGAUUAUGGAUAGCGGAAGGAUUUGUGAGAACAAAAGAUAACAUGACUUUGGAAGAAGUUGCCCAAGGCUACCUCUACGAGCUCUUGAACAGAAGCCUGAUCCAAGUGGCUGGAACAACUAGUGAAGGGAGGAUCAAAACAUGCCGCGUCCAUGACCUGCUACGUGAAAUAAUCAGUUCCAAGGUAAGAGAACAAAAUUUUGUAACAAUAGCUCGGGGACAAAACACAGAGUGGCCUGAAAAAGUUCGUCGUUUGUCAAUACAUAAAACCAUGCCAGACGUACUACAAAGCCAGAGCAUCUCUCAUCUUCGUUCUUUGCACAUAUUUUGGAGGGUAGAUUCACUGUCAUCCCUUUCAUUUCCCCUUGAUCGUUUUAAGCUUCUUAAUGUCUUAGAUUUGCAAGGUGCACCUCUAGAGGUAUUUCCAAAUGAUAUCAUCAAGUUGUUCCUUUUGAAAUAUCUAAGCUUGAGGAGCACAAUGAUAAAAAUAAUUCCACCCGCAAUUGGGAAUCUUCGGUACCUAGAGACAUUGGAUCUUAAACACACAUGCAUCACUGCAUUGCCUGUUGAGAUCUUGAAGCUUCAGAAACUUCGCCACCUACUGGUGUAUCGGUAUGAAAUACAAUCUUAUGCACAAAUAAAUUCCAGAAAUGGCUUCAAGGCCAUGGCACAAAUAGGAUGUCUCCAUUCCUUGCAAAAGCUCUGCCAUAUAGAGGCUGAUCAUGGCAGCAAUGCCUAUGCCAAUGAUAUAUUGAGAGAACUUGGAAAGCUGGAUCAACUGCGGAGGCUAGGCAUUGUAAGGUUCAGAAGAGAACAUGGGAUUGCUCUGUGCACUUCCAUUGAAAUGCUAAAAAGGCUCCGGGCUUUGUCCAUAACUUCGAUAGAAGAGGAGGAGGUCCUCGAUCUUGAAAGCCUAUCUUGCCCUCCACCAUUUCUUCAGCGGCUAUUCUUGUCAGGACGUUUGGAGAAGUUACCGCACUGGAUGUCUUCUCUUCAUAGUCUGGCCAAGAUAUCCUUAAAGUGGAGUCAGUUAAGGGAUGAUCCACUUGAAUUUCUUCAAGAUUUGCCCAAUCUGGUACAUCUUGAAUUUCUACAGGUUUACGAGGGAGAGACGUUGCAUUUUAAUGCUGGUGGAUUUCAGAGGCUUAAGGUUUUAAGCCUUGAUAAAAUGGAUGGACUGAAGAUGGUAAUAGUUGAGAAGGGAGCAAUGUCUUCCCUUGAAAAGUUAAUCCUCCAGCGCUGCAAAUUGUUGCACAGCCUGCCAUCAGGUAUCGAACACCUAAGCAAGCUGAAAUCGCUGGAGUUUUACGACAUGCCUAAUGAGUUAAUCAUGACAUUACGUCCAGACAUCGAUGGCGAUGGCGAUGGUGGGGAUUAUUGGAAGGUUAAACAUGUUCCCGAAAUUAACUCUACCUAUUGGAACGAUGGCGGUUGGGAUGUCUUCUCAUUAUACACAUCAAUAGAGGGAGAGGGUGGUUCAACCUCAGCACCCACAAGAAGCUUUGAACUUCCUCCUUAUUGGAAAUAGUAAUUUCUGCUUGCUGUGCUUCGUUGUUUUCCUUCUUGAAUAAUUGUUAUGUGUCCCAGUGACCUGAGAAUGUAUUAAUAAGUGUUGCUAAUUCAACUUCUUGUUUGCAACGACUAUUGAAGUUGCAAUCACAAUCAAGUUAGUUGUGUGAGAUCAAUCGAUCUCUGUA